AUGAAUACUCAUUAUAAUAAUUCUAGCAGUCAUUCACUUCACUUUAAUUUGGAUAAGAAGAAGAUUAUUUACAUAUUCGCUGUGAACCGAAGAAUCGCCUUUACGGCUGAUAAAAUGCCAAUAGUGAGAGAUCCAGCUAUUGGAAUUUUCCCCAAAAGAACUACUGCCACUACUGGAGGAACUGCUAUUCCCAGUAGAAGAGUCAUUACCAGAUUGACCUGGAGUAAAAAUCGAAAGCAGAGAAUCACACUUGCAAGAUUGAAGGAGAAGACUUAUCACCUUCAGCGCGAGGAAAUUGCAAGAAAAAAUGCGGGAGAGCCGGAAGAAAUAACAAUCGAGGAAGAGAAUUGUGGGGUUUGCAAGGGCGAGGAUAAGCCAGGGUCGUCUCGUGUUCACAUCCAAGACCUGUGCCCAGCUGAUAGGAAACGCAUUGCCAGGCUUGUGGAGAAACUGGUUGAAUGUGCCCAAGCCAAAAAUAAACUAGAGACGGAUUUGGCGGAAGUAAAAGGUGAAAAUGAAGCGCUGAUAACUCGCUACGAUCUUUUUUCCGCCGAGCACGACGAAGAAAUGGAUAGAAUAAAAUCUGAGCUUUCAGAUAAGACAGACCAACUGAAAAAAUUCCGUCUUGAAACGUCGCAUUCCCUCGAGCAGUUGACAGAGCUAGUGAAAACUCAGGAGAUGGAGUACCUGAGGCUCACUGACACCGUGAGUGAACUUUUACGAGAGAAAUUGCAUUUACAGAAUACCCUAGCCAAGAGCGAUGCCAAAAUACUUCUUCUCGAAGCGAGAAUAAACAGGAAAGAGGGAGAAUUGGAAGUAGAGCACGAGGAAAAUUUCGGAAAAGCGUGAGAAGACGAUUUAUCGUUCUUGACACGAACAAAAAAUACAAUUUUCUGCUGCAAUCAUCUUUUCUUAUAAUCUAUGGAAAUUAAGAAGUCAUAUUGUGAAGUAUUGACAUCAAUAGUCACUUCGCGUUUCCUGAAUGCAUUUUUCCUUGAAAUUUUCCUUGUUUGUGAAUGGAAAAUACUGCUAUCACUCGGCGUUAUCAAUCUACCUUGAGACAGGUGGAUAAUUGCUGCCUAAUCGCCGAUGACUGCUCUACUUAUGAAAUUAAAGCAUGUGGAUAAUUGUUGAUGAGUUGAGAAUAAAAAAUUCUUAGUUUUCAUGAAAUGCGAAAAAUUUCAUUAUAUCUGAGUUGUCGAUGUCCUCGAUGUCUUCGUGGCCCUGAAGCCACCGAAGCUUCAAUUAAAAACCUGACCGAAUAUUUUUUUUCAAUGAAAUAGUCUUUAAGCAUAAGCUUUUUAUUGAUCGAUUUAUUACAUGAUUGCUCUUACACCAGUUACUAUCUCGUAAUUCAUGUAAUAAUAGUAAUAAUCAUAAGAAUAAUAAAUGCACGUUUAUUUUUUUUCAUCAGCAUUAAAAUUGUUACUUGUUAGUUUCUUUACUUUUUAUAUCUUCUUGAAACUGUUACGUUAUCAUGCCUGAAAUAUUGAUUCAAGUUGAAACAGAAAUAACGACUUUUGUUUAAUGCAUGAGAAUUACAUAUUUUAGUUACUCUCAUCCAUCAUCACCAUCAAUGAAAAACAAAUACACGGAUUUACAUACUCAGUUAUUAUUUUUUUUUGUUUGCAGUCACAGUUUUUUUUUCAUGUAAUACAGAUUAAACCGUUGGUGUACAUCGUGUCAACGACAUGUUAAAAUUUUCUUUAAAUAAUUCACUCUCUUUCGCGACAUCGUACUUCAUCACGGUAAAUAUUAAAUUUAUUCAUAUUUAUAUAUAUUUAUAUUCCUCGUAUAUAUAUAAACUAUUUUCAUUCAUAGAAGUUAAUCCUAUUGUGGUAUUCUUUAUCAGUUUCCGAAUAAUUUUUUCUCAAUUUCAAGAGUCGAGCCAUGAGAUCAUUCAGAUAUUUUCCAAAAACACCAUUUUUUUUUUUCAUUUUUUAUCCAACAGUUACCAUGAAUAUUCAAUACUUAUGAUCGGUGUUUUUUAAAUGUAUAUUAUAUGUUUUUUUAUACCGUUUAACAAAAUAAAACUAUCAAUCACUACAACAGUCAGCAAGCAAGAAAAUUGGUAACACAGUUGUAUUAA